GCCAAGCCCGCCGCUCCAGCCUGACACUCAAGCUCCUCGGCCAGUCGCCCUAAAUAGAAGCUGGCCCGGCAUGGAGCGGGUGGCGGCACCGCCGACACCAGCCCUGGAGCAGGCACCACCACUGAGCAAUGGCCUCCAGCUUCAGGAAGCAGGCCCCAUCCUGUCUCUGGACGUUAAGGAAUCUGCUCUGGAAGCCAAUGUUGUGGUGCGGGAGGCCAAAGACCUGGCUGCAGAUGGCAAAGGUGCAGAGCUGGACAUGAUGAAUAUGAUGGCAGAUGGCGGGACCAUGUCCUGGGAUCCUGAAGCUGUUGUGCUGAAUGCCAAGAAUGCAAAUCAGGAGGGCAGAGUAACAGCUGUGGAUGCCGUUGCUACACAACCGGAUGUUAAGACUGGAAAUUCCGAGGCCAAAGAGUUGGAUGGAGCUGACACUAGUGGGCCACAGGCCAUGGCUACGGAGAGCAGGCGAGCGAGGCUGGGGGGCAAGGGCGCCAUUCCAAGAGACGGGAGUGAGGGCUGGGAUGCCGCAGCAGCCAUGCAGAAUGCUGAAGAUGCAGGCCAGCGUAGCAAAGGAAGCACCAUUCCAGAUGCCGAGGGGUCUGUGGCUGCAUUGGGGGUGGCCAGGCUCGAACAAGGUAGCAAGGAAGGCGACAGUGACAUCAUUUCUCUCGACUGUGAAAUCCUUGGGUUUGGUCCUGACACUGAUCUCCUGGGCCCUGAUGCCGAGACCUACAUGCAUUUCAUGCGGAGCCACCGCUGUUACGAUGCCAUUCCCACCAGUUCCAAACUGGUAGUAUUUGAAACCACCUUGCAGAUUAAGAAGGCCUUCUUGGCCCUGGUGGCCAAUGGGGUGCGAGCCGCCCCUCUCUGGGACAGCAAGCAGCAGUGCUUUGUGGGUAUGCUGACAAUCACUGACUUCAUUAACAUCCUACAUCGCUACUACCGAUCCCCUCUGGUUCAGAUAUACGAGAUCGAGGAACACAAAAUUGAAACAUGGCGAGAGGUUUAUUUGCAAGGUUCCUUCAAGCCCUUGGUGUGCAUCUCUCCGAAUGAUAGUCUCUUCAAUGCUGUUUAUUCCUUGAUUAAGAACAAGAUUCACCGUCUGCCUGUUAUUGAGCCCAUCUCGGGCAAUGUCCUACACAUCCUGACGCACAAACGUAUCCUCAAGUUUCUGCAUAUCUUUGGAGCCAUGCUUCCCAAGCCACGCUUCCUGCAGAAAACCAUCCAGGAGUUGGGCAUUGGCACCUUCCGGGACGUUGCUAUGGUGCAGGACUCGGCUCCAGUCUACACGGCCCUUGAGAUUUUUGUGGACCGCAGGGUCUCGGCACUGCCUGUCGUCAAUGAAAAAGGGAGUGUAGUUGGCCUUUACUCCCGCUUUGAUGUGAUUCACUUGGCAGCCCAGAAGUCCUACAACAACCUGGACAUCAGUGUGGGGGAAGCACUGAAGCAACGCUCAGUCUGCCUAGAAGGGGUGCUCACAUGCCACCCUUACGAAACCAUGGAAGCCAUCAUUGAUCGCAUCGCCAAGGAGCAGGUCCAUCGCCUGGUUCUGGUGGAUGAGAAGAACGCCCCGCGAGGGAUCGUGUCCCUCUCUGACAUUCUCCAAGCCCUGGUGCUCACGCCUGCAGGUAUUGACCGCUAUUCACUCGGAUGAUGCAACCCCAGCACUUCAUGCCUCUAUGACACAUGGGGGAAAGGGGUGGGGAUUUCCAACCCAUGAAGAAAGUGACAGUUUCUCCUAACGGGCAACACGGGUCCUCUGACUACAAAUUAUGUCCUGUCACCUCUCCGUGAUACAGAAAGAUAAAUAGAAGAAGGUGAGAGGAGAAGUGCUGCUAAGGGGAAAGGACCUGAACUUCAGAACUGUAAAUAGAUAUUCAACCCCUUAAACCUGCUACUGUGUUACACAGGCAGCCUUGCCGCAAAUAGAGAGAAAGCCAGUCCUGGUGCAACGCUGCGUGUGUCACUUGUCUCCAUCAUUAGAAGCUGCAGCUGACUGGAGAAGAUGGUCUCGAGUGUAUGCAAAAACCCAAAUUGCUUCAAAGCCUCCUCACUUCAGCCAAAAGCACUUGCUAGAGGUGAUGGCUACUGCUGCGGAUUAAAGGGCAACCAAGAUGGCUCUUCACCCUCAGAAGAAGCCAGAGCCUGCUAAACAGAGGUCUAUCAGUCCUAAUUUAAACCCACACCCUGAACAGAUUUAAAAGGCAGGUUCUUAAAAGCUGCCUUCAACACAAGAUUGAGCACUUACUGGCCUGCUGCAUUGCUUCUGUGAUAUUUCACUGUAUUUGAGCCAGCAACAAAGUGUGAGAUUGGCCGAACCUAACCUAAAUUAUAAUUUCUAUGUGGGAGAUGGGAACUUAGUAUUUAUGAACUCUUUAGAUGCCACCCUGUCAGACACUAGCACGAAUGUAAAUUAAAUGGUGCUUGCAUAAGGGGCUUCUGGCACAAAACUAGUAGCAAUAGCUGGUCUAAUGGGAUUCCCGGAAAACCUGUCAUGUCAGCUAAUGCUAUUGGCAUUGCACUAGAGGGCCAUUCCUUAAAC